AUGAGCAGGCUCAACGCGCUGUCCACUCGCGGCUGGCGCAUCUUGAUUAUCGCUACCUGCUUUCUCCUCGCAGCAUGUUUCUUGAGCCUCUCUUACACCAGGACGCCUAGACACAAACCCUUACCCAAGGUCGUGUCUUCUUCUCGUCCAGCAUCGCAAGUUCAAGCAUCGCCUGCUAUCAAGCUUGCCCCCCCAGUACCUUGUUCUGGACCUCGAGGAGGCUUCGUGGAUGACAUUCACAGCGAAGACAUACCACAUACAGCGCAACUGAGGAAUGUGACGUUCUCAGACACUACUACUGGAUCUUAUGAUGCCUUGGGAUUGAAGAAAAACUGGUUAACGAUCGGCGAGCGAUAUGGUCCUUACGGAUAUGGUGAGGAUCGAGCAUCGUACAAUCGCACUCCCGUGACCUGGUCGAAAACCGAUUGGGGUGCACUACAGCAACAAUGUCUGAAGGCCAACGCCAAGCGCUUCAACGGUGUAGCAGAUAGCAUCAUCGAACCACGUUUCCGUCUGACAGACAAUGCAAAGCCUUCUCGCGACGCUAUAUUUGCUCGCACCAAGACUGGUCGUCAAGCUAUCGUGUUGCGAGCUUGGGAUGAGUUUGAAUAUCGUCCUGAGGACCUACACCACAUCCGAUCUACCAUCGUCGAAGCAAGUCUCGCCACUGGGUCAGAAUACACUGUGUUUCUACUCGUCGAUGUGAAGGCGGAGAAUGCUUCUCGACUGCAUGAGGAUGACGACGUAUAUCGACAAGUCCUGGAUCAGAUAGUGCCGCAGGAGUUCCAAGGCAUGGCUGUUCUCUUCCACGAGACGCUCCAACGAAGCUGGUAUGCAAAAGUGGACGACUUUCGGGCGAACUUUCAAAUCAUGCAGCCACUACAGCUCUUUGCCCACUUCUAUCCGGAGUUUGACCACUUUUGGCAGUUUGAGAUGGAUACGAGGUUCACCGGUAAUGUUGGAGAGAUGCUGCAAGCACUCGACAAAUUUGGUGUUGACCAGCCAUACAAGCAGAGUCGCGAACGUGCUUCAUGGUCCUACAUACCUCGUGUGCAUGGCACAUACGAUGAGUUCACGAAGGCCAUCAAUCAGACAUUGGAUGGAGGCGCGACGGUUUGGGGCCCACUACAGCAGAAAGUGGUAGAGCCAGUAGGCCUGCUGCCGAACAAGGUCGAUCCUAAAGACGACGACUUUUCGUUCGGCGUUGGAUACGACGCUGACCUGGUUCUGUUGACACCUGUGGGCGAUGUACUUCGUACCGAGGAUGGAGACUGGGUCUACAAGUACUGGUAUCAUGGUGGUGUCGAAAAGGAUGAUCCGCGCUUCCUUUCUGUGCCUGCGCAAGCUCGCGCAUCUUGGGAGUUGCUGGAGGCAAUCCACAUAGCGCAGCAUGAAGACGGUGUCGCUGUACCGAGCGAAGCUACUCUGCCCACAUUUGCACUUUGGCAUGGCCUGAAGGUCGUUCAAGCACCGAUGCCGCUGUUCCAGGACCCAGAAAGAGACAUUCACGAACUCAACUUUGUUAUGAAUGGCGGCAUACCUCGCGACUUUCACGAUGGCAUCGCCAACGGACCCGCAGCCUACAAGGCUCAUGCCGUUAACUUCUUUACUGCGCGCACUACUUUCAAUUGGUACAGUCCACUCUGCAAUCUGGUCUUUGAGCACUGGAUAUACGGGUCAAAGGCUGAAGAUGAUCUACGUCCUAUACCAAGCGACGCCAUGCCUGCGUUCAUGCGAGAGAUCAAUGGCGAAGUCUAUGUACCGAGCUUUAUAUUGCAUCCUCGCAAGACAAAUAAUUUCGUUGGCUAG